AUGCACAUCUUUACUCUCCCAUAUGUACUAUGGCUAUUGCCUGCUGUGGUCUCGGCAUCACCUUUGCGUUCAUUAGAGACACGACAGAACGAUAAUGACCCGGUUGAUUCGCCAUACUCGAUCCCUCAGGACUCUUCAUCUCCACUCCGAGCAGCCGGAGUAUCCACCAAGCAAAAGGAUUUCACGUACGGGCCUGGGAUAGGUGGCGGACCAUUCUCACCUGCUGGACCAUUAGGCAUUGCUGCUAUAAAACGCGAUUCGGCCAUAUAUCAAAAGGAAGGUGGCAAUCAGCUCCAACUCACGCAAGCAGAGAAUGCGUCUGCUGCAGCAGCUGUGGACCAAUACAAUGGCCUCAAGACCUUGGACGAUUAUGUCAAGCUGUACGAUGGACAGUGGGAACGAAGUACAUCCCCUUCUGGAGUCAGCCCUGGUCUCCUCACCAAUUACACGGAUGACUUGUUGUUCUCGAUGGAACGAUUAUCUUUCAAUCCCUACGCUGUCCGUCGUCUGACUCCCGAGGAGGACUUACCAUUCACGGUAGACGACGAGAUUGUGCGCAAAGUGUCUGGCCAGCCUCUUGCCGAAUUGCACAGCUCGUCACGACUCUUCUACAUCGACCACCGCGAACAGGACAAGUUGACCCGAGCCACCGGUGGCAAAUAUUCCGCUGCAUGUGAUGCCUUGUUUUAUAUUUCCGAGGCGCCGGACAAGUUCUUGCCUCUGUCGAUUCGCGCGAAGAAUACCGACAACGAUGGUUUGGUGUACACGCCACGAGAUUCCCCUGAGGACUGGCUGUUGGCGAAGAUAAUGUUCAAUUGUGCGGAUUUCUUCAUGUCGCAAAUUCAUCAUUUGGCGCAUACCCAUUUUGUGGCCGAGAUUCUGUUUCAGGCUGCUAUUAGAACAUUGAGUGACGAUCAUCCCGUUCUAGCACUGUUGUCCCGGAUAAUGUAUGGCACAUUUGGCAUUCGUCCCGCCGGUGCCACCAAUCUAUUCAGUCCAGGGGCAGCUAUAGACCGGUAUUUUGGCUAUACAGGAGCGUCAGCCGUCCAGUGGGGCGCUGAGCUGUACGCAAGUGGUUUCGCAGGCAGUAUCCAGUCCAACUAUUUCCUCACCAAUCUGCGUAAGAGAGGUUUAAUCGACUCUCCAUCAGGACCAGCACUCCCACGCUUCCCCUUCUACGAAGACGCUCUGCCCCUUUACAACGCGACCCAGACAUUCUUCGCCGCGUUCGUGGGUUCCUACUACUCCGACCCAUCCACCAUCACCGCAGACAUUGAGCUGCAAGCCUGGCUCGUCGAAGCCAAAGGUCCCGCCCAAGCCAUCGACGUCCCCGAUAUCUCCACCCCAGCAGAUCUCGUCGAUCUCCUCACCCAUAUCGCCCACCUCUCCACCUCCGCUCACCACUCCGUCAACCUCAAUCAACUCAUCACAUCCAACGGCGUCCUCCCCUUCCACCCCACGGCAAUUUACAAACCCGUCCCGACACAAAAAGGCAUCACAGAUGUCGCGUCCUAUCUGCCCCCACUCUCGAAAUGCCUCGGAUUUCUUACCGUCGGAGCGAAUUUUGCUCGGCCACUCCUCGUGGACUCGAAUCGAUCGAUGGUGCACAUGUUUGAUGAUGAUGUGAUGCUGUCGCGGAUGAAUCAGGUGACGAGGGAUGCCAAUGGGGCGUUUAUGAAGGAUUUGCAGGCGAGGAGUAGCGAGGUGAGGGCGAGGGACUUUGAUCAGGAUGGACUGGCGCAGGGAAUGCCGUUUUUGUGGAAGGCUUUGGAUCCGGAGACGAUACCGUGGAGUUUGUCGAUAUAG